AUGGCUUCUAUAAUCAACAAGCGUCAGCAGGCGCGCAAUGAGAGAGCUCUGCAUGAGCUCAUUCGGACAGUUCCCGGGAACGAUCGAUGUGCAGAUUGUCAGGCUGGAAACCCAGGAUGGGCAAGUUGGAGCUUGGGUGUUUUCCUCUGCAUGCGAUGCGGAUCGCUUCACCGGAAGAUGGGAACACAUAUCUCAAAGGUCAAAUCAUUGACUAUGGACAGCUGGACAACAGAACAAGUGGAGAACAUGAGGAAAAGGGGAAACGCAAUCGUCAACAAAGAGUACAACCCACGCAACAUCAAACCCGACAUCCCGGUCGACGUCGAUGAAGCAGACUCUGCAAUGGAGCGAUUCAUCCGCCAGAAAUACGAACACCGCAUUCUGGAAGACGGCAAACCGAAACCGCCGAGUAGAGAUGACUCCGGAUAUCACACUCAAAAAUCACUGGACGAGAGCCCGCCUCCAAUCCCACCGAAGAGUGGUAGGAAGUUUGGGUUUGGGCUGCGGUCCGUCUCGUCGACGAGUCGGUUGCCUCGGUCGUCCGAUAAGUUGUCUAUAUCGUCUCCGGCGUCGCCUAGAUCUGCUACGCUUGGCGGUCCUUUGUCGCCUUCGUUAUCGCUCAAUAAACAAUCUCGAGUUUUCGGUGCGAAUCUCGGAGAGGCUGAUGGUUCUUUUGACGCAAAGUUGGAUCAGCUCAGAAGCAUGGGAUUUCCGAAUGAUAAGAGGAACGCUUCUGUCCUUAAAGGUGUUGGGGGUGAUAUGACACGCGCGGUGGAAUCUUUGAUUCGUCUAGGAGAAGGGUCCGGUCUACCGCCUGCAGCUCCUCCAAAGCCUUCAACUUCGAGAAGUCAGCCAUCCUCUUCUCCUUCCAAGACUGAGGCCGACGAUCCAUGGAGCAUGCCAAACGUGAGCAGCGCCGCUGGUGCGCGGGCGGCCAAAUCGUAUAAUCCGUUCGACGCACUUACCGCACAAGCCCCUGCUACAACUGGUCUUGAAGGCGCAUUCCAGAACUUGCAGGUUGCGCAACGAAUGUCUCCGCACACGACUGGGGGAUAUGUUAGCCAUCAGAUGAGCAAUAAUAUGGCACUUACACCUCUACAGACAUCGCAUUCAUAUACAAGCUCCCCGCAGCCGUUGAGCUACAACCCAUUCUUUCAGACAGCCUCGCCGACAUCUCAAACUGCGCCCAAUCCUUAUUAUACUAGUCACACGGCACAGUCGACACCUGUUCAGCCAACCCGCAGCUUCUCGCCUGGGAAUCCAUUCGCAAACUCGUUGUCAGCGCAGUCCACGGGUACACAUCAGAAUCUAGCCACUUUUUCGCAGUCCCAAAGACUAACGAUGCCUCGACAUGCCAACACUAUGCCUGUUUUUUCUUCCUCUACCUCCCCAUCUAUGGCCUCUUCUAUGUUCUUCUCUCAACAACCCCAACUCAGUCCUUAUCAAGUAUCAAACACCAAUCCGUUUGAUGCUAACGUCAACUCGCAAAACAACUACCCAAAUUACUCAGCCGAAUACCAACAACCUCAGUAUCAGCAAUUUCAACAGCAGAAUCCUUAUGCCCAAUUUCAGCAGACCGCUCCACAACAACCUGCUAAAGCGGACAAGAAUAGUAUAUUAGCACUAUACAACCUUGCACCAGCAGCUGCGCCACCAAUGUCGACCAUUCCGGAACAAUCACAGGUUCCACAGAUGCAGCAACCAGUGGAUCAGCAUCAGAAUACUGUGCAGGCCUCGAAUAGUGCGUCUGUAGGUUACACGGCACAGAGCAUGUUUCCCACAAUGCUGCAAAGUAAUCCAACGGGAUCAAGUCUGGGCAUGCAGAAUAACAAUCCGUUUAUGAAUGCUGCAACGCAGCAACAACAACAACCUCAGUUUCAACCACCGCAGCUGCAACAACCGGAACAGCAACAGACGAAUCCAUUCGCAAUGAUGUCUAAUUCAACACCAGCAACUCCCUCAUCAAACGGUCUCGGAAUCGGCAUGGGUGCAGCUUCCGCCAACCCAUAUCAACAAAUGACCAUUCAACAACCUCAACCACCACCAGUAAAUAACUUCAUGCCCCGAGCACCAAUACACAUGAGCAAAGCUAGCGUCGACAUCAACAAUCUUCAGAACGGUCGACAUAGUCCCGAUGCAUUUGCAAGUCUAAGCGCGCGAUAUGCCUAA